AUGGAAUCGAUGAAAGCUAUCAUGCCUGCAAAUCUUAAAGAAGCCAAGCGAGGAUCUGCUAUUUUUUGAAAGAUACAUGCAUUUAUUCCACCCGAAAUGAAUGCUUCACAAGACUCAAAAUCAGAUUGAGAUUCUAGCAUUCUCGCUUCAGAGAAACCUUCUACAAAUAAUGGAGGAGUAUCACCAAGAGUAUUUAACAAUAGUUCAAAGACCAUCGGACAUAGAGGUACUGCCAUAUUCGGCGACUCUGAAGAAGUACCCAUCUGAAAGGGAGCAUUAAUCAGUGAGCAUAAAAAGAGGGAAACAUUUGGUGCUGAGAACAACUUGCUUGCGAAGAUUAACAAUGAAACUCUCUCAAGACCUAGCUUCACUCAAAGACACUCUAUUAUGAGUCUUAACCAAAAAGCUAUAAAAAGGAAAUCUGAUAUAAAAUCUGUAAUCUCAGUAAACGAGAUCCCUGAACAAAACUACGAGAUGUUUAUCGAAAACCAAGAUGAGGUGAAAUCAAACACAAACCUAGAACUCAUUGAGGAAAAAUAAGUUUGAAAAUGAAAGCAACGAGACCAAUAAAUUGUUCGACAAUCUUAGCGAUAUUGUAGACUAUAAUGUGCAUGGCCCUGUAGAGAAAUCUGAGCAUCUCCAGUCCUCACCAGAGAAAGAAGAUGUAGUAAAGAGCUUAUAAUGGCUCCAAAAAGUGUAUCUAUUAAGGCAAAAGACUCUUUGAAGGAUACCUUUGACGAUGAAGAAAGGAAGACACAAGAGAUGUUUGGAAAUUUAUCUCAGAAUGUGUUUAAGUCACAAAUUAUCAAGAAUAUUACUCCUACCGAUCACUCAGUACAUAUGACUGACCAUUCUAAUCCUAAGAUGAGCAGUUCUAGGAAGAAUGCCGGGGAUGGAUCUAGCUCAGCUACAUUCAAAGGAAGUAGAACCAAAAUUAGAGAAGCAUAUUCAAAAGGAAUGACGAAUCUGGAAUUAUUCUAUUCAGCCCAGCUUAGAUCUGUUUACAAUAAGCACAAGUAUAAAGCAAAUUACCAGAUCAAGCAAAGUCCAGGCAAGAAAGAUCUGAUAAUCAAACUUUAUGAGAUGGGAUUCCAAGAUGACUGAGUUGAGAGAGCAUUUCUGUACGCUGAUGUAGCAUGCAUUGAAGAAAUCAUCUCCUAUUUGAUCCCAAAUGAGAAAGGAUUCUGGGAUCACAAGUUCUUCCCAGAAAGCCAGUCUAGUGCUGGAGGAAAAUGCCUCCUCUGAAGACGAAGCCAGCCUAAGAAAAAGCCAAUGAAGAAUCAUCAGAAGAAAACAUCUUCUGAGAUCCGAUUGAAAAACCAAGACCUCGAAAUAGGUUCACCUGUUAAAAAGGAGAAGAAAUUAGAGCUCGAAAUCUCACAAGACAAUAAACGGAUAUAAAGAACAACAUCCAAAUGAUAAAAUUUAGAGAAUUCAUAAACCUCCAAGAUAACCCAUAUGAACCAAUCUUCCGAGACAAGACAGUUAUGAAUCACUCUGAGGACGACCAGCUUCUUUCAAAAAGUUUUCAAGGAAAUAUUACAAACAAUAAGAAAAAUAAAGAGAGGAAUAUUCUAGCGAAGUUUGAGGAAGAUCCUGAUUUUGAGAUAAAUGAGAGUGGUGAUCUUGGGAAUAGGGUAUUAGGCAUAGAGGAGUUUGGGAGGAGAGAGGGGGAUAGAGGAGUUAGAGGUGAGAAAGAGGAUGAUUCUUGGGGUAUGGGUGGUAUUCCUGAGCUCCAGAGGAAGAGAUUGGCUAAUAAGAAGUCACAUUCUUCUAAAGAAGCAGUAACUGCAAUGAAGAAAAAUCCUCUCAGAGUACAAGAAGAAGUAAAACUUCCAACAAUAAUUGGAGUUGAAGGAGAUGAGGAUAAAAGCUACCUCUCUAAUAAUCUUGAGUUAGAGCGCAGUAGAUCAGCCAAAUCUCUCUUCUUCCCCAAAAACCUCGAAGGACACACUGUCAGAGAAUUCGAAGAUGACGAGCUCUGAGCCAUUUGUUUGCAGCCUUACGAGCUCCACUCGUUCGACCACAACCUCGAACUGAUGGCACUCGCUCAGAAGUACUGUGAGAUCAUUGAGCAAGCUUCCAAAGAAGGCAACGACUCUUUUGCUCUCAACCACACCCACAUGAGUGUGAUCAGCUACGGGUCCAAAAUCAGAAUUCCAGGCAACGAAGAAGGCACUCUUGACUCCCAGACAAUCGUGAAGAUGAAGUCUAAAAGCAGGAAACUCACUGAGAACAUCAACUUAGAAGAAACACUCUCCAACAACAAAGCGAGUGUGUCCGACCUGACCAAGUCAAAGGAAGAGUCAAGCCAGGCUUUUCACGAUGAAAUCAGACAAACACACAGACUCAUGAUUGACAGGGCACUUGCCCAUCUUGAGAAAGAGCACCCUGAGCUUUGUAGAGGCAACAUCAACGGCGAUAAGUGCCAGAUCUGUCUCUGAGAAAGCGAUAAGCCAGUGCCACUGAACUGCAACCACACAUUUUGUAAAGAGUGUCUGAACGAGUAUCUCAGACAGAAAAUCAAGGACUCACAAGUCUUUGAUAUCAAGUGUCCGAUAACGAAGUGCAGAACUCCGAUCGACCGCAACAUCGUCAUCCACUCGAUAUCGAAACAGAGCCGCAAAGUGUACAAGAGGUUCACCAAGACCUUGGCAGUAAUCAGAGACCAGCCCAAUUUCGUAUUCUGAAUCGAGUGCAACCGCCUCAACCAGCUCAGAGGCGAUGACUUGCUUGCUCAGUGUCGUUCAUGAGAUGCUGAAAUGUGUAUUGACUGAGUGAAGCCAUGGCAUGAAGGAAUUCCGUGUCACGAAGAACUUGAAGUCAAAUACAAUGAGUAUGCUCAGGGUAAAUAACAUCCAGCUCUGACCGAAGUGAGGCUCUUUCAUGGAGAAGGCUGCACAGUGCAACCACCUGACUUGCACCCGAUGAAUGUCGAAGUUCUGCAUUUACUGAAGACAAGAGUUUUCAGAAGACCACCUCAACCCUCUGAACUCGCAAGCAUGACCUUCUCUAGUCAACAAUCAGAAAGUGAGACCAGUGUUCAACUCUCCGUUCAUGAAUGCAAGCAGUUGCAAACUGAUCACAGUGCUUGUGACAUACGUGUGCAUAAUGCCUUUGGUGCUUGUUGUAUGCUGGCCAGUGUUGUGUUGCAAAAGCUUGAAAAGCAGGAGACCUCCAGCAAUGAGAAAACGCAGAAUCCGAGUUAAAACUCCUUCUUGCAUUGUGCUUGCAAUUGGAGCAUUUCUGGGGUUAUUAUUGCUUCCAGUGGCGUUGUGAAGAGUCAUCAGAAUGAACAAUCGAAACAGAACAAAGUCUAGACAAGAUAAAUACAAAGCAUAAUUAUUUGACGAAUUCAAACUGACUUUGGUUGGAUACAGUUGAUAGAAUAAUCUGAUGCUUCAGUUAUCUAAUAUUGAAAUAUUAAACUUUGAACAUU